GACGCCUCGCGGCGCGGCGCCCCGGGCCCCUCGCCCUGCCGCCCCGGGACCCCGGCCCCGGCCUCCAGCCCCUGGACUCGACCCCUCCGCCCGCGCUGCCUCCGGACUCCGGCCUCGGCGCGGGUCCUGGCCCGAGCCGCCCGCGCCCAGGUAGCGCCGCCCCGUCCCGAGGCCGGGCCCGGGGGCGCGGGGCGCCGGGGUGAGGCGCCCCGGGCGGCGAUGACCGCGCAGCGCGUCCCGCGGGCCCGGCCCUGAGCCCCGCUGCCUGCCUGCCCCGCCGAGGUCCGGACAGGCCAAGAUGACGCCCAGCCCCACGUUGUUGCUGCUGCUGCCCCCGCUGCUGCUGGGGGCCCUCCCGCCGGCCGCCGCCGCCCGAGGUCCCCCGAGGAUGGCGGACAAGGUGGUUUCGAGGCAGGUGGCCCGGCUGGGUCGCACCGUGCGGCUGCAGUGCCCUGUGGAGGGCGACCCGCCGCCACUAACCAUGUGGACCAAGGAUGGCCGCACAAUCCAUGGCGGCUGGAGCCGCUUCCGUGUGCUGCCCCAGGGCCUGAAGGUGAAGGAGGUGGAGCGGGGAGACGCCGGCGCCUACGUGUGCAAGGCUACCAAUGGCUUUGGCAGCCUCAGCGUCAACUACACCCUCAUCGUGAUGGAUGACCCUGGUGCAGGAAGGGAGCGUCUGGGGCAGGACGGCUCCUCCGGGGGCCAGGAGGAUGCAGCCAGCAAGCAGUGGGCACGGCCCCGCUUCACACAGCCCUCCAAGAUGAGGCGCCGGGUGAUCGCCCGGCCAGUGGGCAGCUCCGUGCGGCUCAAGUGCGUGGCCAGUGGGCACCCGCGGCCCGACAUCAUGUGGAUGAAGGACGACCAGGCCUUGACAGGCUUGGAGGCCGGGGAGCACAGGAAGAAGAAGUGGACCCUGAGCCUGAAGAACCUGCGUCCUGAGGACAGUGGCAAGUACACGUGUCGCGUGUCCAACCGCGCAGGCGCCAUCAACGCAACCUACAAGGUGGACGUGAUCCAGCGGACACGCUCCAAGCCCGUCCUCACGGGCACGCACCCCGUGAACACGACCGUGGACUUUGGGGGCACCACGUCCUUUCAGUGCAAAGUGCGCAGUGAUGUGAAGCCAGUGAUCCAGUGGCUGAAGCGCGUGGAAUACGGCGCCGAGGGCCGCUACAACUCCACCAUCGACGUGGGCGGCCAGAAGUUCGUGGUGCUGCCCACGGGCGACGUGUGGUCGAGGCCCGAUGGCUCCUACCUCAACAAGCUGCUCAUCACCCGCGCACGCCAGGACGACGCCGGCAUGUACAUCUGCCUGGGGGCCAACACCAUGGGCUACAGUUUCCGCAGCGCUUUCCUCACCGUGCUGCCAGACCCCAAGCCUCCAGGCCCACCCGUGGCCCCCUCGUCCUCGACCACUAGCUUGCCGUGGCCCGUGGUCAUCGGCAUCCCGGCCGGCGCCGUCUUCAUCCUCGGCACCGUGCUCCUGUGGCUCUGCCAGGCCAAGAAGAAGCCGUGUGCACCUGGGCCCGCCCCCCCCAUGCCUGCGCACCGCCCUCCCGUGGCCGCCCGUGACCGUGGUGGGGACAAGGACCUUCCCGUGCCAACCAGCCUCAGCACUGCCCCUGGCCUGGGGCUGUGUGAGGAUCUUGGGCCUCCAGCAGCUCCCCAGCACCUGCUGGGCCCGGGCCCAUCUGCUGGGCCCAGACUUUACCCCAAACUCUACACAGAUGUGCACACGCACACGCACACACACACGCACUCACACACACACUCUCACGUGGAGGGCAAGAUCCACCAGCACCAGCACAUCCACUACCAGUGCUAGACGUUGUGGCCAUGCGGGGCGCCGGCCCACUCGCGCUCUGGGUGCUGUGGGGGGGCCCGUGGGGGGCAGGCGGGCGGGCAGGCUUGGGGCAGAGGGCCGCGGAGAGAGUGGAGCCCAGGCAGGAGGCACAGUCAGCACCCCGGGCGCCCUGGAUGAUGCACACACGUGUACGACAUACCUCUGGGGACACACACACACACACACACACACACACACACACACACACACACACACACACACACACACACACACACACACACACACACACACACACACACACACACACACACACACACACACACACACACACACACACACACACACACACACACACACACACACACACACACACACACCCUCAGACUAAGACGCCCUGGGGAAGGUCUGUGUUUGUAACUUUGCAGUGUGCAUGUAGCAGCGGGCUAGUUGAUGAAGGAAUCCCUUGGCUCCUGUAAGGAGGAUUUCACAGGGGCCAUGGUCAAGCCGCCCCUCCCCGUGCCUGGCAGGAGGUCUGAGAGGCACCCUGGCUUUGCAAACCAAAACCCCCCGACCCCUGUCCCAUGCUGGCCUCCGUGUCCCUGCCCAGGCCUCCACGGGCGGCUGGCUAUGUCUGCCACCCCCUGUCUGGGCGUCCAGGAGUCCCCCAAUCCCUUGGGCUGGGAGGUCAGGCAGAGCAGUCCAGGCCCCUGUUCUGAGAGGCGGGAGCUGCCUGGGGGUGACCCUGCCCCAUCCAGCCUCCCACUGCCAGAGAGAAGGGCCCUUGAUAUUUAUAUUUAAGAAAUGAAAAUAAUAAUAUUAAUAAUGCUGGAAGGAAGGUGGCACUGCAGACCAGGCCUGUCCUCAGGCCUGGGACGCACCUGGCCUGCUGGCCAACCGGAUGGCCACCUUGGGGCCAGGCACCCAUCACCCCACUGCCUGUGGCAGCCCCAGACCUCUGUAAUUUUAUAUAGAGUUUGAGCUGAAGCUUCGUAUAUUUAAUUUAUUUUGUUAAACAAGAAAAUGUGCAUCUUCUUCCAUUAA